AAUUAGGCUCAUUCGAAGCGUUUUCACUCAAAAUGAAAGAAUCUGACAAGAAAAAGUGUCGCUCUGACCCGCGAACCGAAAUAUCAAUCGUUAAAGUUAGCGAUUGCACAGGCUAAGAUACCUGUCAUCUCGGCGUUAUGUAGCGAACUGAGCAUGCGCUGUGGUCACGUUUGCAUGCUGGUGACCGCAUGCGCAUGCGUUUUAGUAACUUUGUGAUAGAAAUGUGCACGAAAUUUGAAUGUAAAUUUAACGUAGAAACAAAUGAAAUACAACAUCCAGUCAAUAAACAGUAGCUAGUACCUGCACGUACCUGCCACAUCUACGAUGCCACUAACGUUGUUUCAAUUUGGACACCUUACAGAGUGUAAGGAAAAAUUAAUAGAUUUUUUAAUUCAACACGGUAUUUUGAAAAAUAUAGUUAAGUGUAGUCAAUGUGGCAGUGAUGUAAAUAUUAAUAAAGAAACGCUACUGUAUCGAUGUCAAAAACGAUACACUGUUAAGGACAAACAUAAAAAACGUUUAAGCAAAUGCUGUACAUUUAAUAAAAGUGGGAAAGCAGGCAGUUGGUUUGAUCGCAGUAAUCUUGACGUGGUUACUGUUUGUAAAAUCGUUGCAUGUUUUCUAAUGCUGCGACAUCCACGUCAAGAUGACUCGCAGGAGGAAACUGGCGUGUCGAAACCUGUAAUUGUGGACUGGUUCAAUUUUUGUCGCGAGGUUUGUGUGUUCUGGGCUGAUAAGCAUAGUGAGAAGCUUGGUGGCCCAGGACGCAUUGUAGAAAUCGACGAGACAAAACUUGGCCGACGUAAAUACAAUCGGGGUCGACUCAUCAAAGGCCAAUGGAUUUUCGGAGGAUACGAGCGAGACACAAAGAAGAUUUUCGUCGUUCCAGUGGAGGAUCGCACAACGGACACACUUUUAAAGUGUAUAAAAGAGUGGGUUUUACCAGGAACCACCAUCGUGUCAGAUUGUUGGAAGUCUUAUGAUUGUUUACAACAUGAAGGCUUCCAACAUCUGACAGUAAACCACUCGUAUAACUUUGUCGAUCCUCAAACGGGUAAGAAAUAUUUAAAAUAUAUCUACCGUUAAUUUUUGCUUAAGUAUAUUAUAUU